CGGACUGGGGCCGCCCCCUCCACCCGAGCCCCGGCCCCGGCCCCCGGCCCCGAGGCGCCAGCCCAGGCCGCCCGACCCCGCCGGCCCCUGAGGCCCCCAGCCGCCGUCACGGGAAACAAUCCGACGUCUAUGUGGGCUCAGGCCGGACCCGUUUGGCCACUUGCGAGCUGAUGGCAGAACCCGUCGGGCGGCUUCGGGGAGCCCCGGCCGCCUUUCCGCUCCUGGCUGGGAGAAUCGAAAACCAGUAAAACGGGUCUGGCCGAGGUGAUCCUCCUCCCUGCGCGCCCGCGCGCUGCUCGCUCUGCCUCCCGGCCGCGGACGGCCCCGGCUCGGGCUCGGAGGUCGCCGGGCCACUGGCCAUGCUGGACACAGAGGGGAAGUAGAGGCUAAGGAGUCGGCCCACACCCCGAGGGCCACGAGGAGCCAUGGACAGGUUUACGGAGUCACUCAACAGGCUGAAGGACAUCCAUGAGAAAGAGGUUCUGGGCCUGCAGAGCAAGCUGCUGGAGCUGAACUCCGAGAGGUGCCGGGACGCCCAGCGGCUCGAGGAGCUCUUCGCCAAGAACCAGCAGCUCAGGGAGCAGCAGAAGGCACUGAAGGAGAACGUGCGGGUUCUGGAGAACAGGCUGCGGGCCGGCCUGUGUGACCGCUGCAUGGUGACCCAGGAGCUGGCCAGGAAGAGGCAGCUCGAGUUCGAGAACUCCCACCUCCAGAGCCUGCAGCACAUCUUCCUCCUCACCCAUGAGAUGAACGUGCUGAAGGAGGAGAACACGGGCUUGAAGGAGGAGGUGAAGCGGCUUCGGGGCCUGGAAGACCAGCCCAGGCCCCUGAGCAGGGACGGCAUCUCGGACCCCCCCUCGCCCCUGCUGCUCCCCUCCCCAGGCAGCUGGAAGCAGCCAGGGGGCCACGAGGAAGCUGAGGACGAGCCCCCGAGCGCAGAGAAGUCGCUGGGGUACAGGACGUCUCCAGUGGCCAGAAUCUCCCCGAGUGCCAACCUGCCUGAGCUGCGGGCCCCGGACAUGAGUCCCCAGCACGUCUCCAACCAGCUGCACGGGACCAUCGCUGUGGUGCGGCCCGGGCCCCGGGUGUGCCCCCCGGAGCGCGGAACCACCGAUGGGACGCCCCCGCCACCCACCAGGAACAGCCCGCCCAGCCCACCUUCCGAGCACAGCCUUCCCCUGGACAGCUUCCUGCGGGCCCCCCGGACCCCCACCAUGACCUACGGGUCACUGAAGCGCUGCCUCCAGGCCGGCCGCCUGUGUCUCCUGAACCGGCACCUGGCCCUGCACCCCCGCAGCCCCCGCAGCAUGCCCCCGGCCCCCACCAGCCCCCUGCUGCAGGGCCCGCAGGCUGGGGAGCCGGAGGCCUGGGAGGGGCCCGCAGGCCUGCUGGACCUGGAGGACACGCGGGACGCCCGGCUGGAGGGUGCACUGCACCUGCUCCUGGCUCGGCAGCAGCGGCAGGCACGCGUGGGCCGGGCAAGGCUGGGGGGCCCGCCCGCCCCGGGGGAGACGCCGCCCUCCCUGCUGGCCGGCUCCAACCCCGAGUGCCCUGAGAGCCAGGCAGCCGGGACGGCGGUGAGCGCAGUGGCCCUGACCGGGGGACGGCCCCCACGGCCCCCAGCCCCAGGCAGCCCCAGGGCCCAGGACUAUGCCCCCGACAAGCCCCUGGACCUCUCAGAUCGGGGCCGGAGCCAGGAUGUCCCCAAGCCCGUCCACCGGCCCAGGUCACUGAGCCCCCCAGCUGCCCAUGCUGGCAGCCCCGGGUCCCCACAGGACGCUGGGGCACCUGCCAAUUCCAGGCCCCCGACCCCCAGCCCCUGCGUGCUCAGCAACUGCACCAAGAGGGCCAGGGCAGCCGAACCAGAGCGGCCCCCCACUGCCACGGACCCCCCACCUCCUCUCCCAGGGCAUCGCCCCAGCCUGCCCUCUCCUGGCGGGACGGGAACUGAGGCCAGAGGGAGGCCAAAGCCGCCCCCCCACCCCCAGUGGCCUGACGCCGACGGCCACCAAGGUAAAGGGCCCAGGAAGGCCAGUGUGCAGACGGCCGACUCGGAGGACCCGGAGGAGCCAGACUCCUCGGACAGCGAGGUGGCCUUGAGCUCUGAGGCGGGCACCAAGCCGAGUGUGCCAGGGGAGGGGCCCGGGUGCUUCUGCACCCAGGAGUGUGGGCAGAGUCUGCAGCAGAAGCGGAAGUGGGACGCGGACCCCGGGGGCAAAGCCCCCAAGAAGCCAACCCAAGGGAGGAGGAAACCGCAGGAACCUCUGACCGACGCUGAGGGGCCCCAGAGCCCGAGGGGCAUGGAGGACAGCAGCCCCUCGCCCAGCGACAGGGACUGGCAGCAGACCUAGCCCAGGCCCCCAACCUGCUCAGACUGGCCCCACAGGGCCCCCAGCACCCCUGACCACACCACCAAACCUGCAGACCACCCAGGCCUGGAUUUGCAGGGUACAGCUGCCUGGGCUGGGGUCCUGCCCCACUUCCAGUGGGGCAGUAAGGCCCUGAGAGGCCCUGGGCUGGCCUCCACCCCGGCCUCCACCCCGGCCUCCACCCCGGCAGCCUCAGAUGCACCCACCGCCCCACUGCCCUCAGCCCAGCAGCUGCUCUUUGGGGGUCGUGGGGGGAAGGGGCGCAGAGGCAGGUCAUCAGCCCACAGCCCUGCUGCCACCUCUGGGCGGGGGAAGACGGACCACCCCAGGUUCCAUGGGCUCCGGCAGUCUCCAGCACCCCCUCGCGGCCUGCCCGGCAUCGGCAGCAGUGGGCAGCGGUGGGCACAGCACCUUCCUGAUGGGCCCCAGGGCACUCGGAGAAUAAACAUGGAACAGAC